CAUACUUUGCUCCCCUCGCUCUUGUCAACCCCUCGCUGGCCUUCUCCUCUCGCCACCUUGUCUUCUUCGCAAGCUACUCAUCCAGAAAAAAAAUACAAGAAGAAACCAAUAUUUGGUUUUGGUUGUCGUUGCUAGAUAAAACGAAUCGCUGGCUUUUUGUAAGUCUUCAGCUGCGUAGUUUUUUUCCCCAUAAGUGUGUAUUUGAUCGUCUCUCGAUCCCUGAUUUCCUCACCAGAAGUGUAGAAAGCAUGGGAAUGGCUCCCUCCGUCUUGCUGUCAGUCAAGAUGGAGAGGAGUGUUUGGGUGGAAGAGUUGAUGGCACUUUUCUUAUCGAAGAAAAAAUGUCACCCUCUUACUUGGUGUUAACAGAAAUGAAAAUAAAGUAACGACUGUUCGCUUGGAUGAACAAACUACAACGUGACUGAGUGGAAAAGUGGAGCAUUGUCAUCGCCGUUGAAUAAUACUGGAAACCACGUGUUCCUCGAAGACCUCUAAUUCGUCCUUCUCGACCGAUUCUUGAAACCGAAGAAAAGUAAAUCUAUUGGGCAUACUCUGUGCUUGUGGGCGUGACAAGCAAACUUUGUGGGCGGAGCGAAGGAGACGUGGUUUUGGAGGAUGCACCGUUGCUUUAGUCUUCUUGCCAGGAGCAGCUUGACUACACAUAGCAAUAGGACGGGUGGCAUAAAUGUCAAACCGUAUAAAUAAGGAAGUGUUGUGUGGACAGUACUAACCUUUACAGGAAUCGGUAUAUAAUUUCUGGUGAAAAAAUAAUAACUUCUCUCUCUAUUUUUAAAAAAAGUAAAAUGUCUCGAAAAUUAUCAUGAGACGAAAGACAAUCGAUACUUUUCCAAGACUUGAACGCACUGUUCGGGCUUCCCUCAAGGCGCGCGCAAGGCCCGCAUCGUGGUCUCCCGUGAACAGGAGCCGAAGAGCCGGGGCAAACAAGGAGCCAAGAUCACGCGCUGAGCGGCGUCAUUAGCGGUAUCACGGGAAGGGAAUUUUUUCGUUGGAACUAAGAGUCUGAGAAUGAAGACCCCGGAAGUGUUGUAGAGAAUGAAAAGCGAGGAGAACAGACCAGAACCAGGGUCUGGGAUAGACUUUUUGAAAAUGAAUAAACUGCUGUGACAAUGAAGGGAGUUUCGAGCGGAGAGAAGACGACCCCUCGAGGGACCGUGGCGACCAUGGAACCCAACCCCGCUGCAGUCGCUUCAGAGUGGUUGUGGUGGACGUGGUCAUGGCUCAGCUCACUGGCCUGUUCGGUGUGGCUGUGGUGGGUCGAGCUGUGGGAUCUUUGCUACCCUUACCUCUGCCUCGCCUGGAUGUAUAUCACCACAUCGGUGAUACGAGGUCAGAGCGAGGAGAAGCGCCUGCUGACCUGGGUGCAAGACCUGGUCCCAACUAGAAAUAUUGAAGACCUGGACUGCGACCUGGCUGACGGAGUAGCCCUCUGCGGUCUCAUGCAGGCUCUCGUCCCCGGCACCUGCCCUCGACACGACCUGCUGCCCCCCGACCAGCCUGCAGGGAACAUUCGGCUGGCGUCGCGUCUGGCUUCCACCUUCCUCGGGGUCACGCAGGACCUGGCAUGGGAGCGGAUGCAGGGCCGCGACGGACACCGCACCCUCAUGAGGUUCCUGCGCAACCUCCGCUACUCCUCCCUGAAGCGAGAGGUGCUCGGCGGGCCGGCCGUCACCCACGAUUCCGUCGUCGAGGCCCUAGGGGACUACCAGGAACUCCAGGUCACGACCAUCGCGCUCGGAAUGAAGGUGUCCCUGUUUCGGCAUGGUAUUCGUGCUGUCACGCCAGAUUGCGACAAAAGGUCACCCUCGCCAUUGCAGGUGCUAGCGCGAGGGAUGGGGCUGCAGAUGGCCAUGGUGGGCAGGAGGACCAAGUUCACUCUCUACCUGAACAAUUCCACGACGCUCGACCUCGUGGUGGAGAUAAAAAAUGAGGAGGGAGAUUACUGUAGCCACAGAAUCACCAAUCGCUCUCCACUCAGGUCGAGGGUCCUCUCCAAACAGGCGCUCAAGGAGCGCCACAAUAUUCCUCUGGAGUACGAGGUGUCCGGCAGCGAGGUCCGCGUGGCCUGGAUCCCCCUGCAGGAGGGUCGUCACACGCUCUCCAUCAUUUGGAGGGGCCAGCACGUCGUGGGUUCCCCGUACUCUGUAGUCGUCGACGACUCGCAGGUACGACUAUAA